AUGGCACCUAAGAAACUGACCGACUGCCCUGAAAAUUUAAGGGAGGCCAUCGACUGGCUCAUCCAGAUUAGGCAUGGGAAUGGUAAGGAUGGUGAUGGUCUUGAUGAGUUGGCCAAGGCUUUGCAACAGGUGAUUGAUGAGGCUAUUGAUAAGGCUGAUGAAUACCUUAAAAAAAAGGUGGGAGAAGCUGAUAAGCUUUCUGCUGCUGAUCCGAAGCGUUCUGAAGAUAUUAAAAUGGAAAUUGUUGAAGGUAAUGAAUAUAUUAGCAAGCUUGAAGAGUUUAAAAAGUGUUUAUGUUUGACAGGGGAUAAAAACAUUUUGGCGCAAUUAUGUUCCGCCCUCGAGUCCUUCUUAGGUUUCGACAACAAAUUCAGAGGCUACACUGGAAAGGGCAUCGUGUAUUCCGAUUUGGACAGGCUAUGUGACGGAAUAAUGGCGUUUCUGCACGGAUUUUUGGAGAGUGUAAAGGAUGAUGAGAGUGUUCAAACGUACUGGAGUGAGGCAGACAAGGAUGUCGAAAAAAUGAAAGGUAAGUUAAAACAAGGUCGAGAAGGUCUUGAAGGAUUUUUAUCAGUUGUCGAGUUGGGGCUUCGGGAUUGGGAACACGUUUUGAAGGAAAGAAGUGAAAACGUGCAAAAAACGUUACAUGAUCUAAACAGUAAUAUAGAAGACGAAAUCAAAGUUAUUUCCCAUUUGAAAACAAUAUCGGUUAAGGAACAGUCUCUUUAUUGGCAAACAACCACCGAGGGCUUUGUCGGAAUCUCAGAUGCCGCAGAAAACUUUGUAAGGGAUUUAGACCCCGGACUUCAAAAAAAAAUUGAGACAUCAAUUACGGUGGUGAAAGAAGCUGUAAAAAGGUUGCAGAACGCCGCGCAGGUCAGGGGUUAUGCAAAAGCCGUGGAAACUCUUCAGAAUGCUUUUGAUAAACUGCCCAAACAAGUUGAAUAUUUUAUAACUGCGAAUGUUAAGCAUACAAUUCACGAGCAUGAGAAAGGUGUCACGGAACUUAUUGAAAAAGUAAAAGGGGACAUUGACGCGAUUCGUGAAGCAUUUCUGAACGAACAUCUCAAGGCAGCUCAAGGUGAUUUAAAGAAUGCAGUAAACUGUGCGAAAAAUAGUGCUUUAACCUUGGGAGGAUUAAGAAAUGAAACGAUUAAAACAGCGAUUCGAGCUAUUGAAAACAGGCUGAAAGAUAAAGCGAACACUGUUGUUGAUAAGGACAUAUUGGCAGAUUUGAAAACUGCAACUGUGCAGAAGCAUAUCGGGACGAUUAUACUGUCUCUUACUAGCACUGUAGAUAGGAGUGUUACUGAUGGGAUAAGGGAUUUGGAGACGUCAAUCGGCCAGCCUGGCAAUGUAUUUAGAAAUCAGCAUGACAGUAAUUUGCAGAAAUUGGUUGAAGAAGCCAGACGGAAUUUGGAAACAGCUCUAGAGUGCACCAGAAAGAAUGCUGCGUUCUUGGGCGGGAUAAGGAAUGAAAAGGUUAAAACGGCAAUAGAAACUAUUCAAGUGAAGAUGGAGAGUGUACAUUCACAUGUUAAUAGCAUGACUGAUCUUACUAAUUUGAAAAGUAAUUUUAUGAAUAGUGAAGGUAUUACAAAUAUCACGCAGGCGCUCAGCAUCAGUGCUGCAGAUAGUGUGAAAAGUGGUUUGUUAAACUUAUCUGAAUCAAUUGAAGGUCCUGAUGUUGCAUUCGCAUACCAUAAAGAUGCAUUACAGAGUGUCGCUGAGCAAGCCCAAAAGUCUUUGGCGAAUAUUAUUGCUAAGGUUCAAGACUGUCUAUUGGUGCACGGAGGGUUAAAUAACAGUAAGGUUAAGCAAGCCAUUGAUGCUAUUCAAAACCAAUUGGAUAGGGUAGAUAGGGAUAACGUUGAUACCAUGGCGAUGCUUAAGGAUGUGGAGAGAACCACAAUUCAGGAGCACACUCAGGUUAUUGAAAAGGCGUUGAAUAAACAUGGCCAAGCAGAACAUAUUACAAAAGAUUUAAAGAACUUAAAUGCUGCAUUUAAUAGCACUGAUAAGGUAUUUACGGAUUAUAAGAACUCAUUAGACAAAUUGGCUUCGCAAACUCAAGAGGACUUGUUGGCCGCCUUGGUACAUGCCGAUUCAUAUCUAUUAUGCACUGAUUUUGGGUUGCGCAAAAAGAUUGUGGAUGCAUUACAGCCUGUUGCGGCUUCUAAACAGAGGACAUCCCAAGCCAAACAAUUGGCCGAUGACGUUGUUGCAUCCCUUCAGAAGGUUAAAGAUAUUUCCAUAACGUUUAAGGGACGUAUACAGCCGCAUUUUGAUAAGUUAGAACAUAUUACUAGUGGUGGAAUCCAGCAUAGAAUUUCUAGCCUAAAAGAAGACGCUGAUUCAAUUGCUUGGAUCCACAGCUACAUCUCUAGCCUUCUGAGUCACACCUUCAAAGAAGCCAACGAAGAAAACAUCAAAGCCGACCAAGCAUACAAACAAAAAGUUCAGGCGGCACUUCAUUCGAUUAAAGGGCACAUUGUAAAUCUUAAAAAGAAUGCGGAAAACAAUAAACUUGAUGGUUUUCUCAGAGACUAUGAACAUCAUUUCUCCAGCAUUCAAUUGGCCGUCACCGAUCAUUCUGUUUACGAUGAUGACAAAAAAGCGCGUGAGAAGUACUUUGCUAACCUCAUGCAACUAUUCAACGAUACGAUUUCCACGCUGUCUGCCGCCUACAAAAAUGCAUUCAAGAGUGCAGCGAAAACGUACCUCAGCGGUGCGAUUAGUGAGAUAAAAAAAAGAGUCAAUAAGGCGGAAAGUGCUUAUCAGUCGGAAAUUACCAAGCUAAGUGCACGGAUUAUGGCGCAAGUUGAGGAUCUUAAAACUAUUGCCGAACAGGAUAGACUUGCUAGCGUAAUAUCUGCUAUUUCCACACCAUUCGAGGAGAUCGCCGCCGCCACCGAUACUAAAUCAGUCUUCUCAGAAGACCGAACGUAUCGCACACAAUAUUUCGAAAACCUAAAAUCGGUCAUAGAGAACAUAAUAAAAUCUUUAGAGAUAGCUUACCAAAAGGCCUACCAGAGUUCUGCGAAGUCUUACCUCAUCGGGGCAAUUAAGGCAAUACAGAACAAAAUUCAGAGGACUGAGGAGGUGUAUGAAGCAUCUGUUAGAGGAAAUAUAAGUAGUAUUAGAGAAUUGAUUGGUGGUAUUACCGAAGAGAAGUUUACAAAAAGGGAUACAAGAAAGAAAUUAGAACUUUCGUUUGAAGAACCCUUUAGACAAUUGCAACAAAACGUAACGCUGAAUUCCGCAUUUAAAACGGAUACAGCAUUACGUAUACAAUGCUUCAACGAUCUCAAAGACUUAAUAAUGCAUAAUGUAAAAAACCUUUCUACUGCCUACGAAAAAGCCUACCAAAAUUCUGCAAUGAAUUAUCUUCAAAACGCUAUACGAUCCAUUAAGGAAAAGGUUGGGGAAGCGGAGCAGAAGUACGCCGAUGCGAUUGAAUUGGAAGUUACCAAGGCUGAGAACAAAAUCGCUGGGCUUAAGGCCUCUAUGUUUAAAGAGAAGGGUCAGAGAGGUAAAUUAUUAACAUUGUUCGACCAGGAUUUUACUACUUUGUUUAAAGCAGUGAAAGAAAACUCCGCAUUCAAUGAUGACUAUGUGGCUCGAAUGAGCUGUUUCGAACAACUCCAAAAUCUAAUUAAAGAUACGGUUGAAACAUUAGUUAAUGCAUAUGAGCUUUUCGAUGAUUGCUCCACCAAGGCAGAAUAUUAUCUUGGCAAGGCAUUCGAGGAUUCCGAAAGCAAAAACGAGAACCUUAGGUCUACCAUUAAAGAUAAAGUCAGAAACGCCUUUGAGCAAAUUAUUUCCGGGGUUUACGCUAUGUGCGCUAAGCAAAAGGAGGCUGAUUUGAUAUCUUUAAAGGAGCGUGUGCAGGAGCAUAAACAAAAUAUUAGAAGCAUUAUAGUUAACGACUUAAAUAAAGGAAUAAAAGGAGCUUUACUGUUGCUGAAAAUAUGGAUCGAAAAGAAAGUCAAUGGCCUUAAAACAUCUCCAGACAUGAAAACACUUGCCAAAACUUUCAAACACCUUUACAAUCAUCUUCAUAAGUACGUUAAAUUCCAACAUGACGGCUUGGAAGUGGAAGAUGACGAAGAGGAGGUAGAAAGUGAAGAUGACGAAGAUGACUUGCGAAUAAAGAAUCAGCAUAACACGCAGGGUGUGCAUCUUGUUCACAAUCAAAUUGAGAUUUCAAAUAAGCCAUAUGGACCACGUAAAGUAACGCAUAUGCCUCGCAUUCCGCGUAAAAGCAUACAGAACCCUUCGGGUCGUGCUGGUAUGUCACAUAAUACCGACUCCACAGGCCAGCGGUCGUCGUCUACCCAAACCACCAAGAAUCCCAUUAUAGACUACUUUGGAACGCUCCAUAUACACACGCUGCAACUUUUCAGCGUGCUAUGCGAAGGGAGAUUCAGUCACAAGUCUGCAUAUAGGUGUACUGAAUUUCUCAAGGUCCUUCGUACGAUGCACCCUUCGAAGUUCGCCGGGCAGAGUAGUUCCCUGCUAGACGCCUUAAAAUCAGGUCUUCAAUAUUUAAUGAAGGAGAUCAGCUACGCUUAUGUGAACGCAUAUGAUGGUGCGUCGUAUGGGUUUGAAUGGGAUGACCCGUCUAAAUCUAAAUUUACUGAAGACGCUAUGAAUUGCGCUAAAAUUGGCAUCACAAUUAUCGAUGCUCUGUUCCACGACCUUCAUGGGUUGUUUUACAAUUGUUCAAGGGAUUACAAAUACAAUCCUAUUAAAGGCGCUGACAAUAAAUAUGACUUCAGAAGUUAUAUUGAAAAUCAUGGCUAUGUUGUUGAGAAUCUUUUACAAGAUCAAAAGGGUUCACGGGUGAAAGAUAUUUUAAAAAAAGCGUUUAGUGGUAAGAAUGAAUUCCAAUCAUCCCAAGAAACGAAUAACACAUUUUUUGUAUAUUUGGAAAAUGUUAAGACGCCCAAAGGCAUUCUUGGAAAACUUUUCUCUCACCUAGUAGAAUAUUAUAAUGUUUGUCACCUCCGUAAUCCAGUGCCACCUGAACAUCCCUGUACUAUAUUUGAGAUGCUGGUGUGGCUUUGCGGCCUGGAGCAUAAUAUUGUAUACAGCAAACUCCAAAUAUGCAUUCGAAGAUUGUAUGACCCAGGAAAUAAUCAUCAGUUUGCAUUGGCACAGAGAGAUACAAUUUCUUAUUACAUAUAUAACUCGUCCACUUAUUCUCGCAAACUACUCACCGCUAUCGUUGGCACUGGUGACGCUUCAACAACGUAUUAUGCCUGCGACUUUUCGAACAACUCACUCAAUUUUCAUUAUCCUGCAACCGGGGAAGAAUGUCUUCACAUGCUUCUGGACAUCCUCCGCAGGUUGUUUCCAGUCCUCAGAUUCUUGCACACCCAAUGUAAAAUCAGCGCUGUACAUUACGGUUGGGCCGAUUGUCAAUACGGUAAAAGUGCCCAACCCUGUAACUGGCAAUGCAACGACCAUUCAACGGACAAAUUUGAUUGCCAAUCUCAGUCACCGCUCAUGUCCUAUCUAAGUGACUGUUUGCUCGGUUAUUUGCCUCAUCAACUGCGCUCCAUUGGAUGUCAGCCCAAAUGUUUUACGUGUCCCACAUCACAGAAUGGGAUGCCGUGUCUCACUCCCCUUGGCUUCAGGGAGUUCUCAGGUAGCGCGCGUACCGGUUCGGAUCUGAGUGGAAUUAUAGGUGAAUUCUUCGUCAAUGUGGAUAUAACCUCUCUUUUCUGCCUUGUUCCAAGACCUCCUACUACGUUGCCUGAACACUUUGGUUUUGUAUCAUCAUUAGUUAAUAAAUUCCAUGGUAGUAAUAAGGCAAAUACAAACGUUAUCAAAACAAAUUUCGAAACAUCCAUUAAGAAACUGUCCAUGAAAUUAUAUGGCAAUACAUCCGCGUUUACUGAUGCAUUUAGCGAUGCAUACGGUAGUGCAGACACGGUGCAACAUUCUAAAUGCGUCUACCAUCACCUUAUGCACCUUUCUACGCGGGGUAUAUGUAUGCACAACAAUCUUAGCAGCGCACCUUACCUAUUCUCACUUUAUACGGACUACUACAGGCAUCAUGCCCCCAAGCAUUCCGACCUCUACCUAUCAUGGGCUGUCUACCUACCAUGGCAAUUCCAUUGCUAUCUUGAAUCACUGCUCAAGGAUUUUCAAGACAUAUUUUGCCGGGACUGGGGGUGCCGUGUAUGCCUAAACAGCAAUAACUGUAAGCGUGGUCAGCAUGGUUUCCUUAACCCCUCGUCAAUCGGAUUUGGUUGCCAAUGCCCUUCAAUAGUAAGCUGCAAAGGUGUAUUGCCUACGCUGUAUAGAUACGGACUAACGUAUGAUGAUGCAGAAGAGUUGAACUCUAAGAAAAAAACGUGCUUCGACUUCCGUACCCAACUGAGUAAUGUACUACACUCCGAAUAUUUCAGCAAACUAUUUGACGAGUGCGAUAAGUUUUUAUGGGAAAUAAGACAACCCUUCUCCUACCUUCUCCUCGCCCUGUGGCUCCUCUCUCUCUUGUACCUCAUCCACAUCAUGGUCAUCCGCCUCGACCUGCUCCACAUCAAAUCGCAUUUGCACUCUCCCUCAUCACAUCGUAUCGCCGCGCAAUCACUACUCGCCGCUGCACGUGUUAAAGCACUCAACAAAGUGCUGUACCUGCAACCUUGA